UUUAUAUAAAUUAAUGCCAUUAAGAGUUGAUAUAUUUGCUGGAAUUAAACUGCAAGAAAUUUGGAUAAUUUUUGCCGUAUACAUUUUUGUACAAACUAUUAAAACUUCUUGAAAUUGUAAAAGUUCGCAUGCAACUUUGCCAGCAAAAUAACAAAUGACCAAAAGAACAACAACAACAACAACAAAAACAAAACGAAAACAAAGUAACGUUUACCACCAGUCGGAUUUGAUGCUGCCACAUUAAUCAUAAUCACUUGUGCAAGUGAUAAGCAAAAACAAAAACAAAACAAAAGCACGAAAUAACAUAAUACAACAAAACGUAGGUAAACACAACACAACACAACACAGCACAACAGGACGGAACGGAACAAAGUAACAAUAGAGAAAAAAAGUAAACUAAAAAAAACGUGAAAGGAGGAAUUGAAGCUCUUGCAACACAAAAUUCGCACAAACGACGUGUAAGUGGUUAGAGGGGAAGCAGCAUUUGCGUUUCAUCCUUAAGGGGACAUAAGGUGAAGCUAACGUGAGUAGUCUGGUGCUGGCAACUGACACUGUUAAAUGUAAUUUGGCCGUUGUGCAUGCGAAAUUCAAUGCUAAAAAACAAAAUAACGAAGAAGACAAAGAACAGAACUCGACUGCACAUUAACAACAGGAAAAUUUAAAACACAAAUUGCUUCUGGUUUGUGUGCGAAUGUACAUAUUUCUGUCUGUUAAAAAUACUGAAAAUACAAAAGAACAACAAAAACUACAACAGCAAAAGCAAAAGCAAAAGCAAAAGCAAAAUUGUACAAUCACAUCACAUCACAUGGCAUAAGUUGUUAGUUGUUCUUGAAUAGACUAAAAAAUUAACAUCACUUUACAGCGGCAGCAGCAACAUCAGCAACAAAAGAGAACAACAAAAACAAAAACAAUAAUAAUAAUAAUAAUUACUAUUAAAACAGAGUGAGAUAGCGUUUUUUCCGUUGAGUUUUUUUUUGCAUACUGCGCUGAUUCCUAAAAGAUUUACAUGUGAAGACAUUGACCAUAUUAAAUAUUUUUGCUUAUAGAAUAUAGCUGGCAUUCAACAUAUUUUUGACCCACAUAUUUAUUAUCUGCACACAUAUACGGAUAUUGUGGUAUGUGUGUGUAGAGAGAAGUGUACAUAAUAAAAUAUAACUGUGUAGAGAAAUUAAAAAGCAAAAUAAAACAAUAAAAACCGCCUACUUUCUUUGAAAAAUGGCUACGUCCAAACGUCAUUCAAGUUUAUCGCUGUCAUCGUUAAUCACACUUUUUAAAUCCUGCCUCCUCGUGAGUAGCUGUUUUUUGCUGGGUGCUGUAAAAUUGAGUGAGGCGGCUGUCGUUGGAUUAGGGAGCAACGGUGGCACUGGAGGUAAUGGUGGCGGUGUGUAUGAAAUGGCCAUGACUUGGGAUCAUGCCGUUGAUUUAAAUGAGGAUUUUCGUAUUUUAUGGACAAUCAUUAAUCAGGAUGUAACGUUUGAAAUUCAAGCACGUACCUUAGGGUAUGUCGGUUUUGGUUUCUCAAACGAUGGCAACAUAGCUGGUGCGGAUAUGGCUAUUGGCUGGGUUGACAACGGCCACACAUUCUUUCAGGAUCGCUAUGUGAAAGAUAGUAAAAAUGUCGAGCCUUUAGUUGAUCCUUCCCAGGACUACAUAUUAAUAAUGGGCUAUGAAAACAUAACUCACACGGUAAUUCGGUUUCGACGCAAGCUUGACACUUGUGAUAAUACUUAUGAUAUCGCAAUAACAAAUAAUACAAUGCGAGUAAUGUACAUGUACGAUGACAAAGAUCCAAUACACGGCGCUGUAAGCCCAGGCUCAUUACCCAACCUCAAUGAUGCCUGGCGUCCUUAUCGCUCUCUGUUGUUAACACAAAAGUCCACCCAACAAUUGCCACAUAACGAACGCAGUCGCAUAUUGGAGUUGCGUAACGCGGAUGUCGAACUUCCGUAUGGCGAUGAUACGCUUUUUUGGUGCAAAAUGUUCAAACUCGACCGGGUGAAUAAAAAGCAUCACAUUAUACGGUACGAGCCAAUUUAUGAUUCAUCAUGGAGUCUUCACUAUCUUCAACACAUUACUGUGUAUGAGUGUCAAGGCAGUAGUGAUGAGAUGGAAGAAAUGACGCGCGAAAAGGGUCGCAUGUGUAUGGGAGCACGCAGCAUACCGUUGGCCUGCAAUUCCGUCGUAGCGUCAUGGGCACGUGGAUCGGAAGGUUUCUCUUUUCCUUCUGAAGCCGGAUAUCCAUUAGAAUCAAAUCAAGCAAAAUAUUACAUUAUGGAAACACAUUACAGCAAUAUAAAAGCGGAUUUAGAACAGUUGCAACUACAAAGAAUAACUGAUAGUUCCGGUCUUAGAAUUUAUAUAACUGAAAAUCUAAGAACACAUGAUGCUGGAGUUUUAUCUGUUGGAAUGGAUUCUAAUUGGCGUCACAUUAUCCCACCCGGUCAAAACCAAGUUAUUUCAGAAGGUCAAUGCAUCGAAGAUUGUACCGCAUAUGCAUUUCCAGCACAGGGAAUUAACAUUUUCGCCGUAAUGAUGCGAACCCACCAAAUUGGAAGAGAAAUCAAAUUGCGUCAGAUACGAAAAAGUGAGGAGUUGCCCUUUAUUGCACACGAUAGCAACAUUGACGCUAAUUAUCAAGAUUUUCGCCGCCUGGAACACUCGGUGCGCUCCUUGCCUGGCGAUAGAUUAGUUGCGGAGUGCAUUUAUGAUAGCACAUCACGCCAGGCUAUUACGCUGGGAGGUCUAACGAUGAAGGAAGAAAGUUGUACUGUUUUAACGCUUUAUUAUCCGCGGCAAAAAAAAUUAACUACAUGCCAUUCGCUACCGAGUUUACCGACAGUGUUGCAAUCACUGGGCAUAGAGCAGUUGGCUACAAGUUCAAAUCCAGUUGUUAUUUCAUUACCGCCUGAAUUAGCGGGUAUGACACUGGAAAAUCGUCUGCUCUCGUAUGACUGGGAAAAUCAAUUUGACAGAUUUCAAGAAGCUACGCUUAGUGGGUCUUUCAAACCAAUUUGUUGGGGAGCUCGAAAUGAAAUUGUUCCUAUGUCGGAUCAGUUAAUUGGCUACAGUUUAAACAUAACUAAACGCUUUAAAGAACGAAACCGUUGUAAGCCAAAGCGUUUGUACGUCACUGAAACCGUUCCGCAACUGGAAUUACCUGUUUUCCACGACAUACAAAGCAACCACAUUGUGGAGGGUUCAGCAAGAAGCAGUCGAAGCUCACUCAUUGAGACAUUGGCUUUGAGUGGAGCCAAGUCCUCAUCGCGACACUUGCUUAUAAGCUUAAGCUAUUGGCAAACAUUUGCGUUUGUCCUGCUCAAGAUUCUCAUCAGUUGAGGAUCGCAUUAGAUUUUUAGAUAUUAAAGAAACUACCUAUGUGAAUAUCGAUAAGCAAUAUAUUGACAAUGAAGCACUUUAUCCUAACAUAUGCUACACAUUUAGAGAUAACGUAUUGUAUAUUAGCGUAACAUAAACAAUAGAUUAUAUGUCGUUAGUUGUAGUUGUAGUUGAUAUUAAUGUUGUGUACAAGUAUCUUAUAUCUUUCUUACUAUUCUAUAUGUAAGUAGUUGUUAAUUUUAGAAUUGUUACAACAUGGAGGUUUACCAAAGUACUGAAGCUGUUUAAUUGUAAGAUUACGACGUCAGUCUGAGCUGUGAUAUUUUUAAGUGACACUUUUUAUGAGUACGAAGUGUACAAUUUCAAAAUAAUUGAUGUGAAGUAGAAUUCGUAAAAUAAUUUAUUUGCAAAAAUGCAAUGUAGCAAACUAA